AUGGCCGAAGCCAAGAAAGAAAGUGCCAUGGAAAAGCAAUUGAAAGAAGAAGAAAAAAUAUUGGAAAGUGUCGCUGAAAAAAAAGCACUCAUGGGAGUCGCAGAAUUAGCCAAAGGUAUCCAAUAUGCUGAUCCUAUAAAAACAAGCUGGACUGCACCCAAAUGUAUUUUAGCUUUGGGAGAAAAGAGACAUAAUAGAGUGAGAAACAAAUUGAGAAUUUUAGUCGAAGGAGAAGAUAUUCCACCGCCGAUAAAAGAUUUCAAAGGAAUGAAAUUUCCAGAACCUCUCCUCGUCGCAUUACAAAAAAGGGGAAUAAUGAGACCGACUCCUAUUCAAAUCCAGGGCCUUCCCACCGUUAUCUGGACGAGACAUGAUUGGCAUCGCGUUUACCGGAAGCGGGAAAACAUUAGUUUUCGUUCUUCCACUCAUAAUGUUUUGCCUGGAACAAGAAGUUUGAUAAUAUGUCCGUCCAGAGAAUUAGCCAAACAAACUCACGAUAUUUUUCAAUACUAUUGUAAAUCCCUACUUGAAAGCGGAUUUCCCGAAAUUCGUUGUUGCCUCGGGAUAGGAGGCGUUCCCGUAUCCGAAAGCUUGGAAGUCAUAGCACGAGGCCUUCACAUACUGGUCGCAACCCCUGGAAGGCUGAUGGACAUGCUGGAUAAAAAAUUAAUAAGACUCGACGUGUGCAGAUACCUUUGCAUGGACGAAGCCGAUAGAAUGAUCGACAUGGGUUUCGAAGAAGACGUGAGAACGAUAUUUUCAUUUUUCAAAGGACAACGUCAAACACUUUUAUUUUCCGCGACGAUGCCGAAAAAAAUACAAAAUUUCGCACGAUCCGCUCUCGUCAAACCCAUAACGAUAAACGUCGGGAGAGCGGGAGCAGCAUCGAUGAACGUAAUUCAAGAAGUCGAAUACGUCAAACAAGAAGCCAAAGUCGUUUACCUUUUGGAAUGCCUCCAAAAAACGGCUCCUCCGGUUUUGAUAUUCGCUGAAAAAAAACAAGAUGUCGACGCGAUACACGAAUACCUUUUAUUAAAAGGAGUCGAAGCUGUGGCCAUUCACGGAGGAAAAGAUCAAGAAGAACGAUCUAGAUCCGUGGAAGCGUUUCGAAGCGGUAAAAAAGACGUACUCGUUGCUACGGACGUGGCAUCAAAAGGUUUAGAUUUUCCAGACGUUCAACACGUCAUAAAUUACGACAUGCCGGACGACGUAGAAAAUUACGUUCAUAGAAUCGGUCGUACGGGAAGAUCGGAAAAAACGGGAAUAGCGACAACGUUCGUUAACAAAGCAAACGACGAAUCCGUUUUAUUAGAUUUAAAACAUUUACUAAUGGAAGCAAAUCAAAAAGUUCCAUUGUUUUUAGCUAAUUUGAAAUCUGAAAAUGAAAAAUAUUUAGAUCUCGGAGAUGAAAGAGGUUGCAGUUAUUGCGGUGGACUCGGACACAGGAUAACAAAUUGUCCAAAACUCGAAGCUGUUCAAUCGAAAGCUGCCAGCAACAUUGGAAGACGAGAUUAUUUGGCAAAUAAUUCUGCAGACUAUUAA